AUGCCGACCGCCGCCGUCCCCACCAGCGCCACGGCCGUCGGCGCCAAGGGCUCCCUCUCCAAGAAAGGCUCGAAGAAAACGGCGAUGAAAAUGUCCAGGAAGGGCGACAGGAAGCACAGGCGGAGCAGGAAGGAGAGCUACAGCAUCUACAUCUACAAGGUGCUGAAGCAGGUCCACCCGGACACCGGCAUCUCCUCCAAGGCCAUGAGUGUCAUCAACUCGUUCGUCAGCGACAUCUUCGAGCGGGUGGCCGGCGAGGCUUCCCGCCUGGUCCAUUACACCCGGCGGCAGACCAUCUCCUCCCGGGAGAUCCAGAGCGCCGUCCGCCUCCUGCUGCCGGGGGAACUGGCCAAACACGCCGUCUCCGAGGGCACCAAGGCGGUCACCAAGUACACCAGCUCCAAGUAGAG